AUGGCUGAUAAUUAUUACCCAGACAUGAGCUCUCCCCAGAAAGAGGACUCGGAAUAUCCGGACAUCGAUGAAACUGUCCAAUAUCCAUGGCAGCAUGGCCAACCUAUUGAUGAUGGAAAUGCUCUUUCCUCGGUGCUUGAUCCUCGUCUUUUCGGAAAUCAGACACAGCCUCCACAGCCUCUAGAAAGCAUCAAUCAACCCCCAGCAGAAGCUGAAGAUGAGAUAGAAGAAGAGUUCUCCUCGGGCGAGUACAAUCAGCAAUAUCCCCCUGUACCAUAUGUCCCAGGACAACUUGAUGAGGCUGGAUCAGACAACGACUUCGUCAUAUCUGGCGAAGAAGAAACCGACAGCGGCGAUGAUGACGACGAAGCAGCAGAAGCUGAUGACGAUGAUGAGUCUGUUGCCAGGAGACGCCGACGCCGAGGAGGUGGGCGCUUUUCCGGGAGAUACGGUGCUCGCGGUGGAAAGGGCAUCAAGAGAGGACCGCGUAAACCGAUCGAACCCGGUCCAGAGUUCAAACACUUCCAUUCAGAGGCCACAUCUGCCUUCAUUGAUGGCAACUACGAUUAUGCCAUUGAACAGGUUAUGCAAGCCAUCCAAGCUAACCCUGAGAUGUUUGCUGCGCAUUCCCUGCUCUCUGAAAUCUUCCUUGCACAAGGAGAAAACGACAAAGCUUUGGCGGCUCUUUUCAACGGAGCUCAUACCAGGCCGAAGGACCCCGGCGUUUGGGUCAAAGUUGCUAAGCUCAUCUUAGACCGUGUCGGAGAUAAUCGAAAAUCCGCUUUGAAUGAUGUGAUUUACUGUUACAGUCGCAUCCUUGAAGUCAGCCCUGAGAACUACAACAUUCGGUUCCAAAGAGCAGCGAUCUAUCGUGAGUUAGGUCACAACGGCCGAGCUGCAGCAGAGUAUGAAAGGUUACUGAAGGAACGACCACAUAGCGUCAAGGCCCUCCGCCAUCUUGCAGAGACAUACAUUGACUCAGAUGAGAUCCAGAAAGCAGUGGACCAUUACGCAGAUAGCAUUGACCACUUCUUGACUCUUGAUCCUGAAGAGUGCGAUUUCUCCUGGUCCGAUGUUAACAUUUAUGUUGAGCUUUUUGGCUACCUUGACCAGCCUGCGGAAGGACUGAGCUCCUUGAAAAUGCUCGCUCGGUGGCUCCUAGGACGAGUUGAUGAUACUAUAUGGGAAGAUUAUGACGACGAUGACCGCGAAUGGGACGCCGACGAUUCACCUCGACGCAUCAAAACAGACGGUUACGUACCUGGACAAUGGCCCCGAGAAUGUUAUGGACUCGGUCUUCCCCUGGAGCUUCGAGUCAAAUUGGGUGUCUUCCGCCUAAAGAUGGGUGACAAGAACCAGGCUGAAGCAUUACAUCAUUUCGAAUGGCUCAACCCGGAAGACGAUUCCGAAGGGGCUCGGAUCUUUGACUAUGGUGAUCUUUUUAGGGAAGCGGCGGAUGCACUGAAAAAGGCUGGUCUGCUAGAAGAAGCCUUGCGGUACUAUACCCCCAUUCAACAGACUGCAGACCAUGCAGACAUCAGCUUUUUCAUGGCCAUGGGCGAAUGUUGUUUGCAACUUGGCAAAGUGGAAGAUGCCGAAAGCUGCUACCUCCUUGUCGCCGAGCACGAUCCGAAGCACAUGGAGUCGCGAGUCGCUUUGGCGAAGCUAUACGAGAGCCUGGAAAUGAGCGAGCAAGCCUUGAAAUACGUCAAUGAGGCGGUCUUGAUCGGCAGACAGGAGAACAGAUCCAAGCGGAAAAGGAAGGAUACCAGGCUUGAACAGCUUGCCAUCGAAUUCAAGCUGGCUGAAACAGCAGCCCUCCGGCCACUUGCACCCAAACCAACGGCCAAACCAACGGUGCCACUUAUGAACGCUACCCCCUCGGCCCAAGGCAGAAGAGGUGAAGGUACUCGAACCGACGAUAUCCAGUUCCUGUACGAGAAGAUGCUAGAUUUGCAGCCUCACGUCAAAGAGGGUGCAUCGGACGCCAUUGAGGAUUGGCUUGAUAUUGCUGAUGCUCUGUUGCGAGACUUCCGCUCCAACAGGGCUUUCUAUCCAGAGAUCCGCAGCAUCGCUUUUAUGGGAUAUUCUCGUCCACAGCAGCGUAAGGGCGCUAAGUCUAAAGACCGGACAUGGAUGGAUGAGAUGCACGAAAUGGCAGGUCGUCUCCAUGAGAGUCUGGGCGAGGGGACACAUGAACCCCUCCAGGGUGCGAUCCCAACCGACUAUCACGGAAUACCAUUUGAUGAAUGGCUCGAUAUCUUCCUUCAGUACGCUCUGCUCACGGCAGAACAGGGCGAGCCAGAGGAGUCUUAUGAGGCGCUUGAUUCAGCAGCACUUGCAAGCAUCUGGUUGCACUCCAAGCCCAAAUCUCGACUAAUCCAUGUGUGCUGGUUCACUUGUGCACUUCGCGUGGGAGAUGAAGAUACGCUAGCGAAUGAAGCACGCUGGUUCAUCAAGGAAUACCAGUUCGUUACUGACACUUAUCGCCUUUUCUCCAUGCUGAGCCACCUGUCUGGCGACCCUCACCGAUCUCUUUUCCAUUCCUCGCCAAACAUGAAGUUCAUGCUUCGCCAAAUCAAAGCGAUGGACUUUACUCUGCCUAGUGAUAUCCCCAGACCUACCCGACAGUCCAUCUGGAAAGAGCGCGCCACUCUAUCUACGCGCGACGAAGCUGGUGACCCAAUUCCUGCUAUGGAUCUAGACAUCGCCCUUCUAGUACUCUAUGGCCACAUUCUGUACUCCGGAAACAGCUUCUACCCAGCGUUGAACUAUUUCUUCCGAGCAUAUGCACUCGACGACCAAAACCCGGCUGUCCUCUUAUCCAUCGGCCUCUCUUUCAUCCACCACUCCCUCAAACGACAAGCCGAAAACCGGCACUACCUCAUCAUGCAAGGGCUAUCUUUCAUGCACGAAUACCGUCGUGUCCGGGAGAAGCCCGGUAGUCUCUUGGCAGAAAAGCAAGAGAUGGAAUUUAAUUUCGCUCGCGUAUGGCACUCUCUCGGUCUAGCCCAUCUGGCAGUCGAGGGAUACAACAAAGUGCUGAAAUUGGGCGAGCAGAUCCAACAAGAGGCCCAGGGUAACCUGGCAGAGAAUGCCUCAGACAAUAGCGGCGACGUAGUCAUGGGCGAUACCGAUCAACAUGAGACUUUACUCGCGAACCCGCCUUUCGUUGAAGACUUCACACGCGAGGCUGCCUACGCGCUGCAGUGCAUCCAUGUCCUCAGUGGCGAUGCAAAGACAGGAAGGGCUGUCACUGAACAGUGGCUUGUUAUCUGA